AAGAAAAUUCUACCAAUUAAGGAAUCUUGGAAGUUAUAAAAAUAGAAUGACAUAUUUAUUUGCCUUGCAAUUACGAUAUAUAAUCGAAGAACACGAUGAUUUGUGAACAACUAGUUAAGUUAAACACGUUAGAUAUCAUUGCUCGAAAGAAACUGAUUGAUAAUUUGGAAGAAAGUAUAUUUAAACAGAACACAUUAGAAACUCUUUGUCUGGAAAACUUAUCAUUGACAAGAAUAGAGGGCAUACGAUUGCUUUCAGCUUUAUAUAAUUCUCGUAAAACUAUGAAGUAUUUAUAUUGUUGGCGUGCUUUUAAAAGAAAAGAAGGACCUCUACUAGUUGAUAUUCGAAAUGUCACGGGAUCAGGCUUGUAUACAGACAAGAUUUCUAAGAAAUGCGAUUGGUUUCGUCUGAUCGGGUGUUUAGAAUCUUUAAAUACUUUAUCCGUGAAUUAUGCAUAUAUAGCAACACCUACAGGAGAUCUCCUUGUUAAUCUCGCAAAGGUUUUAGGAUCUAAAUGGCAAUGGUUGCAAUUGUUGUGCUUAGAAGAAGAAAUUCCAAAUGAGGUUAAUCCCGAUGAUGGUGUUGGUGGUUAUAGAAUACCUGAUGUAGCAUGGAUGGAAGCACGUCUUUGGGCACCUGGUUUAAAAGUUCAAUGUGUUUUCAUUGGUUUACCGGAGUACGACAGACACAAAAUGUUCUUUUCCCGCCACACACCAAUGCACACAUUUGCACUUUCCAGUGACAUCGAUUUACGAUUUCGACAACCUUGGUUUCUUGAUUGCACGAUUAAAACUCUCUACACUUGGUAUUCAGAAACUCUUGUAUUUCUGAACUUACAAUUGUGGCAUCAACGAGAUAAUUUAGAUCUCCCAUUGAAGAAUCUUUUCCUACGAUUACCAGCAUUACGAACUUUUGAAUUUAGGGGGGAAAUUCGGAUGCUUGCAACUUUAUGUGCUAUGUGUUGUCAAGUGCGAGCUGGAAAGUGUAAUGUUAAUUGUGUUAAUAUACAUUUACAAAAAAUUAUACACGAUGACGUAAAUAACAAUAAUUUCGUUAAAGGGGUUGAAUAUUUAUUAAUAUGUUUUAAAAAAGAUUUUUCUGAAUUGAAUGUUACGUUCGAAAUUGAUUUCUGCAAGUCUUAAUGAAAUUAUUUGCUUCAAA